AUGUCACCAGGAUCACCGAGUUCUCCUAAUCAGCGCGUACGGUCCACCAGUCCCUCACCCGGGUCGGGCGUGGAGGUGUCUGAGUCUCAUGUAUUGACUCGCCUUGACGCUCCUCUGCCCCCACGACACCAUCAAUCCGUCACAAGUUCGCCUACAAAUGUUCAGCCUAGUGCCUCAAAGAAACGAGCGCGCUCUCCGUCCGAAACACUAGAUUCGGCCCCCGCUCGGGAAACAAGAAGAGAAAAAGGUCGGAAGUUUUGUGGCGAGCUGGGCCACAAAUUUGAAGGAUCGAUCGCAAUUACCACUCGCGCGGAGGCCAUGCAAGUGGCGUACAGGAUCCACGGUCUCCCGGUACCAGAGCAGGUGACUAGCCGGGUAAUCCUGUUUGGGGAUGCCUGUAUCCGCAAUCGUCGCGGUGCCGUAGGCAUCGUUUGGAAAGCGGGAGGGGCUGCUUCGAAGUGGGAUGGACUGGGGGUUGCUUUCCACGAGAAGACAGAUGACACCAGCGCACUGGAGCUAUAUGCAGUUGGAUGUGGGCUGAAGUUUGCGCUUGACAAUAUUGAUAGCGCUGAGUACACUGUCUCCAGGGAUGAUCCUGCCGACACAAAUUUCUUUCGUCCAAAAAUGAGACGAACAGGGUCUCAUUCGCAUAUGAUGAAGAGGGAAGUAUUUGUGUUUACCGACGAGGAGACUGUCUUGAGGCGCCUUAACGGGGAUGUGUCAUAUCAUGGUGAUGGACCUUAUGGCACCCAGAUUCGAGCUAUCUGCGAGCUAUCUGUGCUGUUAGCUCAACGCGAUAUACAUGUUGAGUUGCAUCUGAGCCCUGGUCAUAGCCACAUUCCAGGCAAUGUUGCUGCAAAUGAUAUGGCGAGGAAAGCUCAAAGAGAGCUCUUUGUCCUUGGCCACAACGACGAGCCCCCAAGGGAUGCCUCGACCAGCGAGGUUGAAACAUUCAGGGAAACAGUGCUGAUUGACUCUGCGGCUGUAACUAAUCAGCCUCAUCCAGCUGUUCCCUCAAACCUGCCUUUGAAGCUUUCCCUGCUACUUCAACCUCGUCAACUUCCCAUUUACCCACCACAACCUGCUCCUCCUUCGCGUUCUCCCCCCGACCCAUCCUCUCCCUUCCCUAUUUCCCCUCCUCCCCCCACCUCGCAGCACAAGGCUCUGUAG